UUGUUUAACAGUGCUACUUUCAUUCCAUAGAAAUACAGUCUUUUCGUCUGUACAUGAUGGUUGUCUGCUGCGACAAUGUGUUGACUGGUUAGACGCUUGAAGUUAGAAAGAAAAUAGGUAAAGGCAGUCAUAACAAAAUUGAACUGUCAUUACUGACAUCGAUUUUAAUUGUUUUUGAAAUGUUUGUAGGUGUUAUUAUAUUGUAUAUGUAAAAUGGAAGUAGAAUUAAAAUCCAAAAAGAUGAAAAAUCUUCUUAGAAACGGAAAGAAGAAAAAACUUCAAGCAAAACAUAACCCUAACCUCAACUGAACAGGACUUCACCGAAAAUCCUUCUGAUAAUAUUAAUGAACAUGCGAAUGCCACCGAAAAUAAUUUGGAUAUGAAAAAAUCAAAAACGGAAAUUUAUCGAGAUAAACAGGUUGAUGGUACCGUGAUGGAGAGUUCUGCUUUCAUAAAAUCUGUGAAACCCGGAGUGAACAGGUUUCAGAUUAACAUUGAAUUGGAUGCAGUAGCGGCUAUCUUGUUCAUUGCCGCAAUUGCUACAAGAUUCUACAAACUUGAGCAACCUCGACACAUUGUAUUUGACGAGCUACAUUACGGAAAGUACGUUAGUCUGUAUAUGAAAAGGACAUUCUACUUUGAUUCUCAUCCUCCGUUUGGAAAACAGCUGAUUGCAGCAGUGGCUUACUUAGCUGGAUUUGACGGUAACUUCAGAUUUGAGCGUAUUGGGAGUCAGUACAGCAGUCAAGUGCCGCUGUUUGCAUUGCGCCUGAUCCCUGCACUCUGCGGUUCUCUACUGGUUCCGGCUGCGUAUUAUCUCAUACUGGAGCUGGGUUGUUCUCAGUGGGCUGCAGGCUUGGCUGCUUUUUUGUUACUUGCAGAUAAUGCUCUGCUGACCCAGUCCCGAUUCGUGCUGAUGGAGUCGCAACUGCUGCUGUUCUCUGUGGUCGGACUGCUCUGUGUGCUGCGUUUCCGCCGAGCCCAGACUGUGUGCAAUCAUUACUCAUUGCGACGUUGGGCUUGGCUUCUCAUGGCUUUCGUGUGUCUCACCCUUUCCUUGUGUGUGAAGUACGUAGGAUUUUAUUCAUGGUGUCUGGGCAUUGCUCUGGUGUGUCGUGACUAUUGGCGGUUGCUGGCUGAUCGUGCAGUGUCCGACAUCAGUGCACUGUAUCACGCAGUGCUUCGCAGUGCAGUCAUCGUAGUAGCAUCCCUAGCUGUGUACCUGGCAGUGUUCUACAUCCACCUAGCUGUGCUCAACAAGGCAGGCCCACAUGACAGCGUGAUGACCAGUGCUUUCCAAGCCAAUCUAGAGGGUGGACUAGCCAGUAUAACCAGAGGACAGCCACUGGAGGUGGGUCAUGGCUCUCAGGUGACUCUGAGGCACACGCACGGACGUGCCUGCUGGCUACACUCCCACCCUCACGUCUACCCAAUACGCUACCCAGACCAACGAGGCAGCUCACACCAGCAGCAAGUCACGUGCUACACGUUUAAGGAUGUUAACAAUUGGUGGAUAGUGAAGCGGCCCAACAAGGACAACUUGGUGGUCUCCCAACCAGUUGACGUGAUCAAACAUGAUGAUGUGGUGCAGUUGGUGCAUGGUAUCACCAGCAGAGCACUCAACUCCCACGACGUAGCAGCGGCGAUGUCACCUCAUAAUCAGGAGGUGUCAUGCUACAUAGACUACAAUGUGUCGAUGCCGGCCCAGAACCUGUGGCGGGUGGACAUUGUCAACAGGGAGCAGGAAGGUGAUGUGUGGCACACAAUUCAGUCUCAGGUGCGGUUGAUACAUGUGAACACCAGCCAAGCCCUCAAGUUCAGUGGUAGACAGUUGCCUGACUGGGGGUUCAACCAACACGAGGUGGUCACUGAUCGUGUCGUACACCAGGAGGAUACCGUCUGGAACGUUGAGGAGCACCGGUACACCAAGAGUGAAGAUGAGAAGGAACGAGAGCGCGACCUGGUGAAUGCUGAAAUGAUCCCGCUGCAAGCGACGCGACUGUCGUGGUGGCGCAAACUGAGCGAGCUUCAGUACAAGAUGCUGAUUACGCACCAGGAGAACGUCCAGAAUCACAUGUACAGCAGUGAGCCGCUUGAGUGGCCUCUGAUGACUCGUGGCAUUGCGUACUGGGUCAGCACCGAGCAUAAUGGUCAAGUCCAUCUUCUGGGCAACCUAGUUAUCUGGUAUAGUGGCACGGCCGGUCUGCUUGCGUAUUGCAGUCUGCUAGUGUUCUAUCUAUUGCGGCGACGGAGGCAGUGCUAUGAUCUUCCCGAAGAGGAGUGGCACCGGUUUAUUCAAAUAGGGGAGGUCCUGCUGUGUGGUUUUCUGUUCCACUAUUUGCCAUUCUUCUUCGUAGAAAGGACACUGUUCCUGCACCACUAUCUGCCUGCGUUUGUCUUCAAGGUGUUGCUGCUGGCCGCUCUAGCUGAGCACAUGCUCUUCGUCAUUUGGAGGUGGCCCCUGGCUCGACUUGUGUUCUACUGUGUAGUUCUAUGUUUUGUGUUCGCUGUGCUCCAUGUGUUCCGGAAGUUCUGCGUUCUCAGUUACGGCACUUCAGCCCUCUCUGCCAAUGACGUCAUGAAACUGCGAUGGAAGGAUUCGUGGGAUUUCAUUGUUCACAUGUAGUUGUUAUACUUACACUUAGUUUUUUAUCUGUUGAUUUCACCUCAUCUCAUACGUUUCAUAGACUUAUUGUAGACAAGUAUAAGCUACUAAGGAACUCUGUAUGAUAGAUAAAUGUAUAGAAUAAGUAAGACUGCUUGUUAGACAUGACAUUGUAAGAACAAAUCAAAUCCUACCGAACAAUUCAAGUCGUUAUUUUAGAAGACUUAUUUACUCGUGUUUUUUUAGAGUAUCGCUCAAAUGUCCAUGGAGAUAUUUUUAUUAUAGACUAAGAGGAAUUGUAUUUUUAAUAAGAAUGGUGGGAACUGGACAAGAUUAUUUUUGUCAAGUGAUUGGGACGAAUAGUUUCAGAAACAGUAUCUUUUUAUAUUAUUUUUUUGAUACUUAAUUUUUUCGUGUCAACUAAAAUUAAUAUAUUUUUUGGGGUGGCAGAUCCAAGAAAAUAAAAACCCUUAAUGUACUCAAGACCUCACAAUAUUAUAGAAGUAGAACCUCUAAAUCAAAUGAAACACGUAAUUAUUGUUUGAGUAUAAAAUACUGCAGUGUUUAGACAAAUUUUCCUUGAAAGUUGUCUUGCAAAAUAUAUACAUGACAAUAAUUAAUUUUACGAUGUAAAAAUCUGAAAGGACUGUGCUAACAGGUGUGCUACGUAAUGUUAAAAUGCAUAUUACUGGAGGGUUAAGGAAAUUGAGUUUGUAUAGAUAAAAACUCGGAGGAAAUUCCACCAGUUUUUAUACCCGAAUUUUAAAAAGAAAAGAUUCCUUACCAAUCGCAUCCUGACUUCAAGAAAGCAACUUAGGUUUUAUUUAGUAACUUUUUAAA